AUGGAAUCGGACCAGCCUGCAGACGAUCUACAGCGUCAAGUUCUUCAAAACACCCUCGACGAAAUAGCUACAAGGCAAGAGGACGCCACCGACUGCUGCGUCAUCUGCCUCGAAAGCAUCACCGAAGUUUGCGAGGCUGUUCCUUGUCAACACCGGAACUUUGACUAUCUUUGCCUCCUCAGUUGGCUCGAACAAUCUCCAAAAUGCCCCCUCUGCAAGGCCGUUAUCUCUCAAGUUCGCCACGCCCUCGAUGAACCAGUCGCAAAGACCUACACCGUUCCCAAGUCCAUACCAAAAGCUCAAACGCAGCAAUCCGAUACGAGAUCAUAUGCGCCAUCUUCCAUCCGUCUUCAGAUCCCUCCACGACGCCGUCCCUAUUCUCACCGAUCGCGCUAUGAGACACCGAGCCUAAACCCUUCAGAUGACAUCGCACGACGGAGGGAUGUAUACCGCCACAACCGGUACUCAAAGCACGUCGGCUCGAAUAGGCUAUCACGAUACCGUGAAUUGACUCCAGCUGCAUUCUGUGCAGACAAUGAAUUGGUGUCGCGCGCACGUAUGUGGAUUCGACGAGAGCUGCAGGUCUUUUCAUUUUUGAACCCCGAUGCCGAUGCGGCAGAGUCCUCAGGACCAGCGGACAGCAGUUCAAGAAACAACAUGCAUCAAAGAAGGGCCAAUAAUGCUGAAUUUCUUCUCGAGUACAUCAUUGCUGUCUUAAAGUCCGUGGACAUCAUGGGCAGCGCUGGCCAGGCAGAGGAAAUGAUUGCGGACUUUUUAGGAAAAGAUAACACUCGCCUUUUCCUUCACGAGCUGAGAGCUUGGCUCAGAAGUCCAUAUACAAAAUUAGCCGAUUGGGACAGGGCUGUGCAGUACGACACGCCAACGGCGGGGAGUGCAAGGGCCGGAUCUGAACAUGGUGGCAUCUCAAGCACGGGUUCAAGACAAGACCAGCAACAAGCCAAGCCCGGCCGUCUGAACCACUGGGACCCAACAAGAACAGAAGGGGACUUCUAUCGCCCUGGGGGCCGGUCACAGAGACCUAGAGAAGUACAUAGACACGAACCGUAUCCGUACAGAAGACAAAACAAGGGUCAUUGA